AUGUCUGACACCGGAGAUGAAGCUGACUCGCGGACAGCCUCGGUCGGCAUCCAGCGACCCCGAUCAAACAAUUCCUCUACUCGCGGCUCAGGCGACAACGACUCGCGACCCACAAAGCGACGGAGAAGAAAUCAAAACCGCGCGAACGAUGUGAAUGACAUUGUCCCUCGAGGUGGAUCCUUCAGCGCAACGCCCCUCAAAGUCGACCCAGAGGAUACGUCCAGCUCUGGCUCCAGCUCAGAAUUCGAAAAGACUGGAAGUGACUCGGGGAAGUCUGCUACUUCCGAGGAAAAGGCUCCUGUCAACUCAAAUGCAGGCAGCACGGCACCUGCCAUUAGCUGGAACCAGGGGAAGAAAAAUGCCGUUCGAACAACUCUUGGGAAGCGCAAAGCAACAACUCAACCUACUUCCAAACCUCAAACUACCACCACGACCCCGGCCCAGUUUUCAACCGUAAACGCUUACUGGAAAGCCAGCGAUGACUCUGCCUCGCCUGAACCCAGCGGAAAAGAUACCGGUGCGGAUGAGGGAAGCCAGUCCGAGGAUGAUUUAGAAGGCUCUAGUGACCUGGAAGAAGGGGAGAUUGAUUCUGAAGGUGAUUCUGAUUCGGAAUCUUUGGGUUCGGAAGCCGACGACUCAAUCAUGUUGAAUAUCGGCUCAAAGCCUGAAGAUGUCGCUGAUGAGUACAACCCAGAAGAUUUGGUCGUGACGAAUGGCCAGACAAACGGCUACACGAAUGGUAUAAUACAGAAUGGCGUGUCGGCGCUGCCUUUGGCUUCUGGAGCUGCUUCAUCCGAAUCCAAAGAAGAAGCCUUUCGACAGUUUACACAAAAUUACCCCUCACCACCGGCUAGUCUAGUCGAUCUGAAUCAAGAGGAUAUGGAUAUUCAGGCUAGACAUAUCUAUUGGGAUCGGGAUGUCAAUGACAUUGAUCUCCGACUUCCUAUCGGUUGCACUGAAUGUCUUCAGCAUGGCCAUUUAGCGGCUGUCUGCCCUACCAAAGAGUGCGUGCACUGCAAUGCAUGGGAUGAGCAUCCAUCGAUACUAUGUCCUUCAUGGCGACGAUGCCAGCGAUGUCGGGAAAGAGGCCACAAUGAAAAGCAAUGCCCCUCGCCGCUGAAGAGCUCAGCAGCUGAGGUCCCCUGUGACCUGUGUGGAUCUUCCGAGCAUAUGGAGAAUGCAUGCGAUCACCAGUGGAAGUUUCCAAUGCGUCCAACUACUUCCCAAGAGUUCCGAGUAUCGAUCUCAUGUGCUCAUUGCGUCAGUUCAAGUCACUUAAUUGGCGAUUGCCCAUCCCUCCGCCGAUCGCUCAACUCAAGCUCUUUCUCUCUCAAGGGCAUUCCACCUUCUGCUAUCGUCAACCUCAACACAAUGCCUAAAGAACCCCAGCCACCAAUUAACUACAAGCAGGGACGAGCCAGGCCACAAGGGGCUCGAGGUGGCGUUAAUGCCCGGUCUCCAUCUCCAUCAAGCGAUGAUAUGUUACCUCGCAAGGGUUCAAAGCCCCAACCUCCAAGAGGGAGAGGUCGUGGAGGGCCGAUUCGAUUUGGCACUGGUUCCGAUAAACCUCGGGGCAGGCCGCCUUCCAGAGGUCGACCCCCAUUUGCUGGUAACGGCACGCAUAAGCGUUUCUCUCCUCCCCCAGGCCCGCCGCUUCCCCGUGGUCCACCUCCCCGUGGUCCGCCUCCCCGUGGCCCAUCAUCCCGUGGCGGUCCUCCGGCGAGAGGUCGUGGCCGUGGAGCACCCCGCGGAGCACCUCGGGGUGGCGGCAGAGGUCGCAGAGGAAAGUAA